GCAUGGCCACCACGGUUGCCAGGCAACACCGGGUCACCGUCGCUAGCCGCGCGGGGUUCGAUCUGGCGAUGGGGCCACCGGGCCUUCCUCCACUCUUGCUGGUGCUCCUGGACUGCUGGGUCUCCGUGAGCGCCCAGGCCGGGGCCACCCUGGCGGUGACGAUGGAGGGCCUCAACUCUGCGGAGCCAGCUCCGACGACUCUCCGACCUGCCCUGUCUCCUAGGCCCCCCGGUACCCCCAGGGCUCCCGGACCCUCCAGUCCCAGGCCUACCCCGGUGAUGGACGUCGCUUCUUUGUGUGGCUGUGACCUGUCUCCAGCACAGUGUGACGUCAACUGCUGUUGUGAUCCUGACUGCAGUUCCAUGGAUUUCAGUGUCUUCUCCUGUUGCUCAAUUCCAGUUGUCACGGGUGAUAGUCGGUUUUGUAGCCAAAGAGCAGCCAUUUAUUCAUUGAAUUUCACAGCAAACCCACCUCAGAGAGUAUUUAAAAUUGUUGACCGGAUCAAUCCAUCUAUUUUCUGCAUUCACAUUACAAACUAUAAACCUGCAUUGUCCUUUAUUAAUCCAGAAGUGCCUGAUGAAAACAAUUUUGAUAAAUUGAUGAAAACAUUUGAUGGUUUUUCACUGAAUGCAGAAGCAGAUGUUUCUUUCACAGAUGAAUCAGAUGCUCCAAAUACGCCUAAAUAUGAGUAUGGGGUUGUCCUGCAGACUUCGGAUUCGUUUCUGAGGUUUCCUUCUCCCCUCACGUCGUCUCUGUGCACCGAUAAUAACCCUGCAGCAUUUUUGGUGAACCGAGCUGUGACGUGCACCAGAAGGAUGAGUUUGGAGCAGUGCGAAGACACCGAAGCGCUGGGCAUGGCUUAUUACAGCAGCCCUCAAAUUCUGAGGGUACCUAAUUCACAAACAAAGGUCCCUAUCACUGUUCAGUCCGUCAUCGUUCAGUCGCUGAAUAAAACGCUCACCCGACUGGAAGGCACUGACGUGUGGAAGCCGGCUCUGGUGGACGUUGGGGCUGUUAAAAUCUGCACUCACGUGGUUCUGGAGGUGAAGUACAGUCUCACCUACACAGAUGCAGGUGAGAUAACGAAAGCCGGUCUCUCUCUCCUUCUGGGGGCAGUCAGCGAUGCAGUGCUCCCGCUCCAGCAAAAGUUUGAAAUUCAUUUUAUUCAGCAAAACACAAAGCCAGUUCCUCUCAGUGGAAACCCUGGUUACACUGUGGGCCUCCCGCUGGCUGCCGGGUUUCAGCCUCGCAAGGGGUCUGGGAUCAUUCAGACCAUGAACAGAUAUGGACAGCUCACUAUUCUUCGUAGCACAGCAGAGCAAGACUGCUUAGCAGUAGAGGGGGUCCGCGCCCCAGUGUUAUUUGGCUACAAUAUGCAGUCUGGCUGUAAACUGCGACUGACCAGGGCCGUCACCUGUCCGCUGGUCGUGGAGAAGGUGAAGCGCCUGCUGAAGGGCCAGGGCUUCCCAGAUUAUGUGGCUCCUUUUGGAAACUCCCAGGCCCAGGACGUGCUGGACUGGGUGCCCGUCCGCUUCGUCACCCAGGCGUCCCACUUGAAGGAUUCCUGCCAGCUCCCGGUGGCUUUGGUUAUAGAAGUGAAGUGGACUAAGUACGGAUCCUUGCUGAACCCCCAGGCUAAAAUAGUCAACGUGACUGCCCGUCUGAUUGCAUCCUCACUCCCUGAGACCAGCCCAGGAAACGAAAGGACGGUUCUCAUUUCCACUGCGGUUACUUUUGUGGAUGUGUCUGCACCUGCAGAGGCAGGCUUCAGAGCUCGGCCAACCAUCAAUGCCAAGCUGCCUUUCAAUUUCUUCUUCCCGUUUGUUUGAUAGUACUCCUAUGAAAGGAUGCCUCGGUACCUAUGCAAGCUGUGGAAGCUGUACAUUUGACGAGAUUAGAUUGUAUAUACAACUAGUAACUGUCCAGCUUUGUGGUACAUUUCCAAGCAAGAGUUAAAGUUCAACAUGAGAAAACAGCCUAUGAUACAUUUGUGACACCGUGCAGGUGGGAACGGGAAAGGAAGUCCUCGGCCACACCAAGGAAGAGAGAGGGCCCUCCCAAAGACUGUGUCCCUCCAGAGUCCACGCUGGGUGGGAGGCAGGCAACGGCAGCAAACCAAACCUGUCCUGCAACGGCCCCAGGAGGGGCGGCUGUCAUCCUCGUUCACAGGUGCAAGCCCGUGAGGUGGGGUCUUCUCCGUGGAGUGGGGCAGGGCCGCCUCUAGUUCGCCUCACCGAGCAGUCCAUGCUGUCGCAACAGCUUGUUAAGUCUUUCAAUCUCCUGUUCCUGUGGUUACAAAAGCAGACAAAUAACUGAACUUACCUUCGGAGCUUCACCAGGGACGUGGCCGUCAGUGAGCCCAGGCCCAGGGAUGCAACACUGAAGGGGAACUAUGUUCCUUGCGGAAUCAGCCCGCUGAAGGCAGCUGCUGUACGGUCAGAGGGGGUCCAGUGGACAACAGGAGGGGCACCUGGCACAGCUCUGGGGAGGAGGCAAUGCCUAAGCGACCCUAAAGGACAGGAAGACUUAGCCAAGGGGAGGGUGCUUGGGACGGAGGGCGCUGCCUGGCGGGGAGGAGCCCAUGCUGCAGGCGGCAGUGGCAGCCGGGGGGCAUCUUUCCAGGAGUGUUUUCUUACCUUCUCGGAGCAGCUGAACUCCAGGUGUUGGAUCUUGGCGGCCAGUUGUAUAUUCAUCUGUUUUAACCUUAGGAGUUGCCGUUCGGAACGUGUCUUAACAGAGAUAAUUAUCCCUGAAAAAUAAUCAAGAGUCUUAAUGA